UGAAACUAAUCAUCGGCGAGAACAAUUAGGGUUUUCCUCUUUGAUCCCGCCGCCACUUUUGUCCCCCUCUAUAUAAAUCGUCCACGAUUCGCAUCUCCUUGAUGGCGAUAUCUUACAAUGCAUUUGCACAGUCUCUACCGGGGAGGAGUAGCUUCUUCGUCCCCAAAGCCUUGUGCAUCAAGCAGAGAAACAGAUCCACUGUCGUAUUCGCUUCUAAUGACAAGAACAUUAUUGCUCUUCAAUCUAAGGUAGAUAAUUUGUUGGACCGCAUAAAAUGGGAUGAGAAAGGAUUAGCUGUGGCUAUUGCACAAAACGUUGACACUGGAGCAGUAUUAAUGCAAGGCUUUGCUAACCGAGAGGCUCUCUCCACAACCAUCACUUCUCGUAAAGCUACAUUCUUCAGUCGAUCAAGAUCUACCUUGUGGACUAAGGGAGAGACAUCCAAUAACUUCAUCAACGUCCUCGAUGUUUAUAUUGACUGUGAUCGCGAUUCGAUAAUUUACCUUGGAACACCUGAUGGGCCUACUUGUCACACAGGGGCAGAGACUUGUUACUAUACAUCAGUUUUGGACCAGUUAAUCGAUGAUGAGGCUUCAGGAGAGAAGCUAGCAUCAACAACAUUGUACUCGCUAGAAUCAAUCAUUUCAAAGAGGAAGGAGGAAUCAACAGUUCCUCAAGAAGGCAAACCGUCAUGGACCCGGCGGUUAUUGACCGAUGAUGCUCUGCUUUGCUCAAAGAUCAGGGAAGAAGCAGACGAGUUAUGCAGAACGCUUGAGGAUAAGGAGGAAGUAUCAAGAACAGCAUCAGAGAUGGCGGAUGUGUUGUACCAUGCGAUGGUGCUUCUGUCUAAAAGGGAUGUCAAGUUUGAAGAUGUACUUGAAGUUCUUAGGAAACGCUUCUCUCAAUCUGGGAUCGAGGAGAAGCAAAGCCGUUCAAAGUGACCUUUUAAACUGUUGUAUUUGCGAGAAUUUUAACUAUUCCACUGCUCUUAUCAUAGAGCUUUUUUUGUACAUUGCAAAAUCGGAAAUAAAUUGUAUCGUGCUUUUGUACAUUGCAAAAUCGGAAAUAAAUUGUAUCGUUUUAUUUA